GGCCCUCUCCAGUCAUGGGCUACGCCUAUGCACAAGCUGGGCGCCAGCACAUGAAAGAUGACGUCGGUCUUGACUAACACCGACCCGUGACGAAGCAGGCAAGCACGCCCCGCCAGACGGGCAGAUGUCUGGCAGGACGUCCAUAAUUGGGCAGGUGUCUCCCCUGCUAGCAUGUUGUGCUUGCGAUUUCUGACAGGCGGAAGCGGCCGAGACCCAAGGAUGUGGGUAUCAGUCUGUUUCGGCUUGCCUGCGGCGGUCUGGCAAUCGAGGCCGAUACGUCGCCAGGCCGGUUGCCUCACUUUUAGCAUCUCGGCUUCGAAAUUCACGAGACGACAGCUAGCAGUCUCCCGAAUUGCAUGGAUCAGCGAUGCCACAUCAUCGAGGAGGCCUGCUGAUUCCUUGUAUCCCAAUCAACAUCCGACUCAGACAACAGAGCUGGAUUGUUCGUUUCACUUGCCUAGGUAGUCAAGGAGGGAACGCCGGACUGGCUAGGGCGGCUGGCACCAGCUGCGGGCCAGCUGCGGGCUGCGAAGGGUCGCCAAUCUGACGACAUCGAGCUCAUCGAGCUCAUCGAGCUCCUCGUCAGGAGUGCACGCGUCCCACUUGGCCCGAAUCUCAGCCUUGUCCCAAGCGUACCGGACCGGCUUUGUUGAUAUCGGUCGGUCCGACGACCAUGUUUCAUUCCUUAUCAGUAGGCAUCACAUCUGCAUUUGGCCGCCGCACUCCAUCAUGGCCGCCAACGAUGCGCCCCAGCCGGUGAAGCUCUCACUGCCCCUUGAAUACCAACAGUCUCUCUUUCAAGAACUCCGUGCAGAGGACGAGCUCGUCAUUCUGGCCCGCGGCCUUGGGCUCAUGCGCUUGUUGACCAACCUGCUGCAUUCAUACGAUGCUGCCGGCAACAACCUCCUUGUCGUGGUUAACGCCGAGGACCGCGAGAAUAAUUGGAUCGGCGAAGCUCUCGCCGAGCAUGCAGCAAUCAGCAUGGCGCCUCUGGCCCGCGGCCUGACCGUGGUCAACACUGACUACACGAACGUCGGUGUGAGGGAGAAAUUGUAUGCCUCGGGGGGCAUCUUCAGCAUCACGAGCCGUAUCUUGGUCGUGGACAUGCUCACCAACCUGUUGAACGUUGAGAAAAUCACCGGAAUGGUUGUUCUACACGCCGACAGGGUUGUCGCCACCAGUCUGGAGGCCUUUGUCCUGCGGAUUUACCGCCAGAAGAACAAGGUCGGGUUUCUCAAGGCUUUCGCCGACAAUCCGGACCCCUUCACCACUGGAUUCAAUCCGCUCGCCGCCAUGAUGCGAAAUCUCUUCUUGAGGAAGGCGAGCCUAUGGCCUCGUUUCCAUGUCUCUGUGGCUCAAUCCCUGGAGGGCAAGAAAAAGGCAGAGGUCAUCGAGCUUGAAGUGCCUAUGACGGAUGCCAUGAAGGAGAUCCAGGCUGCCGUCAUGGAAUGCGUCGAAGUCAGUAUUCACGAGUUGAAAAAGGGAAAUACAGGCCUCGAGAUGGAUGACUGGAAUCUCGACAGCGCUCUGACCAAGAAUUUCGAUGUCAUGGUGCGCCGUCAGCUUGAUCCAAAUUGGCACAGGGUGAGCUGGAAGACAAAGCAGAUCGUCAGCGAUCUAACUGUGCUACGUAGCCUGUUGCAGGCCAUAGUCGGAAUGGAUGCUGUGCAAUUCCUGCAAAACCUAGAUACCAUCCACGCUGCGCACUCGCCUACGCCGGGGUCAACUAGGCAGAACCAGUCCCCAUGGCUGUUUCUCGACGCUGCCCAGACCAUUUUUGACACCGGCAGGAAGCGAGUAUACAGCGGCGUCAACAAGCCCGGCGCAGACUCGAAUAUUGACUCUGUGCGCCCGGUGCUCGAGGAACAGCCCAAAUGGGCGGUAUUGGCCGACGUUCUUCAGGAAAUCGACAGAGAUCUCUAUUUCGAGCCAAUGGCCCGCGAUGACUCUAACGGCACUAUCCUGAUCAUGUGCUCAGAUGCCGCAACCUGUCGUCAACUCAAGGAAUACUUGCAAUCCAUGCAUGUGAAACCCAAGGCCGAGCAACAGCAGAGGAAGAAGAUCGUCUAUCAGAGUCCUGAUGAUGAGGAUGAGGAGGACAAGCCUUCUGCCACCUUCAUGAUGAGACGCAAGCUGCGCAACUAUCUCAAUUGGAAGCGAGAGUUUGCCAAAGUCAGUGCCACUCUCUUCGCCGAAAACCAGAAUGCUCUGAAAGGAGCGACGGAUCCCCGUCUGCAAAAGACCAGCAGAGCCCCCGCUAACAAGCGGCGACGCGUCCGCGGCGGUGCUGCCAUGGCGACAAGUCUUGGCCGAGCCGAGAACGGGAGCCUCGUACCAUACUUUGAGAAGGCGAGCGAGGUGUCUGAGCUCAUGGAAGAAAUCCAGAUCACAGAAGAGGAGGCAAAACAAAAGGCAGAUAUUAUUGAAGACACGUUGGAAGACAUGGAUGACUUUUACGACAUGUACGAAAUGCAAGAUCUGGUCGUCAUACACGCCUACGACGGAGACCAAGACGAGCAUGUGCUCGAGGAGGUCAAACCGCGAUACAUCAUCAUGUAUGAGCCUGACGCGUCGUUUAUCAGACGGGUCGAGGUGUACAGAUCGUCUCACAACGAUCGGAACGUACGCGUCUACUUCCUGUACUACGGUGGGUCCGUAGAGGAACAGAGGUACUUGACGACGGUCCGGCGGGAGAAGGAUGCAUUCACCAAAUUGAUCAAAGAGCGCGCGAGCAUGAGCGUCGUCAUGACUGUCGAUGCUCAUGGCGUCGAGGACCCACAGGAGGCGUUUCUGAGGACCAUCAAUACUCGCAUAGCCGGUGGUGGUCGCCUAGCUGCCACUGCGCAGCCUCCUCGGGUGGUGGUCGACGUCCGGGAAUUUAGAUCUUCUCUGCCGUCGCUCUUGCAUGGUCGCUCCAUGGUCAUCGUACCAUGCAUGCUGACCGUGGGGGACUACAUCUUAUCGCCCAACAUAUGCAUCGAAAGGAAAUCCGUUAGCGACCUGAUUUCCUCCUUCAGGGAUGGACGUCUCUACAGUCAGGCCGAGACCAUGUUCCAGCACUACAAAUCGCCGAUGCUCCUCAUUGAGUUCGACCAGAACAAGUCUUUCACUCUGGAGCCUUUUGCUGACCUAUCGGGGAAUAUGAAGAGUGUCAACCCGGACAAUACAUCGUCUGACCUCCAAUCCAAGAUAGUGCUAUUGACACUGGCCUUCCCCAAGCUGCGGAUAAUAUGGUCAUCUUCGCCUUAUCAGACGGCCGAAAUCUUCGAGUCUCUCAAGGCACAGGAGGAAGAGCCAGAUCCGAUUGCGGCCGUGAGAGCCGGACUCGAUAAGAACGAGGUUGCUGAGGAGCAGCCGUUCAACCAGCAGCCGGAGGAGAUGCUGAUGCAUGUUCCGGGUGUGACGAGUAAGAAUAUCAAGAACUUGACCCUUGAGACAGAGAACAUCAGGAACAUUGCCAACAUGUCUAUGCAAGAUUUGGCGCCGCUGGUGGGUGGGGAGGCUGCAAGAAGGAUUGUCAGAUUCUUUGCGAAAGAUCUACUUGAAGAUGAAGAUUGAUUUUUGUGUCUUCGCGGCCUAUAAUAAUUGGACCUCAUCGCACACAGCUUCUAGGUUUCUCCGUAACCGUUCUUGUCCCUCUCCAUGUCCAAACCGAUUCGAUAGAAUCUGGUUAUCACCACGAUGCAGGGUUCGGUGCUGUACACAACGUGUACACAACGUGAACACAAAUGUCGGCUAACCAGCCACAUUUCUGACCACGGCGGUGUCACAUUGCCACCAUAUUUGUGCAAUGUAAGCAAUUUUCUUGCAAGAGUUGUUGGGCAUGUAGGGUAUAUUC